UUCCUGCUUUACACAAGGCAGUUUCUGUCAAGCCAGUUUCACUGCAUUUAAAGGAACUUUACACUAGUUGCAGACAGAUCGUCAGCUGAUAGGAGCUGCUCGGAGGUUCCUGGUGCAGAGGGCAUUAGAUGGGGCAUUACCCCGAUCUUCAGGAUGCCUGCUGGAAGCUGACCCGCAUCCAUUAACCCUUUGUGCCUGGUCCGAGCAGAAGUUCGCAGGACAAUUGUGGACUCCCUGAAUUGAGGAUCAUCUGUACAUUGCACCGACUUGGAGAGAGAAGCCUUCAGAAUGCGGACCCCCACCGUGAUGAUCAUUGGCAUGGUGAUGGCACCCUGUGGGCUGGUGCUGAACCUCACCUCCACGGUGGCACCAGCCUGGCGGUCACUCAGUUCUUUAGUUAACCGCCCCACGGACGUCAUACUGAAUCAGGGCAUAUGGGAUAUAUGCGAGGAGACGACCACCAACCAGGACAAGCAGUGUGGAGUGACCGACAAUAACUACUUCAGUCAGCAGGUGGUGCAGGUUGCCCGGGCAUUAAUGAUCGUCUCCCUGGUGGUCAAUGCCCUGGGCAUCGCUUUGGCUUCCUGGGGUGUACGCUGCUGGGAAGAAGUACCCAACUUCCUGAUAUCAGCCUUUGGUGGAAUGGUGAUCUUCAUCUCAGGAGUCCUCAGCCUGAUACCCAUAGCUUGGUAUAACAACCUGAUGUACACCAUGCCAACUUCAGUGGGGCAACAAAACACGUAUGUGGGGUACGCCCUGGUUCUCGGCUACCUGGGCAGCUGCUUGGAGAUCAUAGGUGGGUUCUCUCUUAUGCUCUGCUUUGUGCCACCCUGUAAGAAGUGCAUAAAGAACAAGGGAAAACCAACUUCUUCUAUGUACUACAGCAAGAAGCAAACCCCCUACCAGGAAAAACCCACCAGCCAUGUGUACAGCGUCCAGAACUCUGCCUUCCCUUCCCACGACCUCAGAUACAGUAUAGAGAAUGACAACUACCGGCAUGGUAAGAAAACCAUCUCUGUGGUGUCCAGCCCCAGAUCUUACACCAACAGCAUGGAUGUGACUGCUGGAGAGCACCCUAGAAGCUAUGGUAGACCUGGAAGCCAACUCAGUUCUCUGCCCUGUGACUCUGACCUACUGUAGAGCUGUGGUAGUCCAAGGUUAUAUCUAUGAUUUCAGAUGAAGGAGCAUGUAAAUCAACAUGUGCACAAUUAUAUUUUUAUAUCUUUUUUCAUGAAUGGAUGAGAUAACUACUGUUCUUUUAGGUUAGAGGGCAACCUGUGGCCUCGUUACAUUAAGAUGGCAAAUGUCACACUGCUAGUCGUACCUAAUGACAGUGAAUGUGAGCACAGAAGUCCGGCAGUUCUGGAUUGCUGCCCACUUUCAUGGUCAUGAGGGGCGACGUAGUAGUGCAAUUGUGAUAUUGUGCUCGGCGACUACAAUUCACCGCGUGCCACCGUUCAUAUUUGGCCAUACUAAAUACUAUGUUUGCCUACACUUGCACAGCGUUCUGCUGAAGUACAAGUAGCGCCCUCUGAUGAUCACUAUGUAACACUAUGGGGCAGUUUUAUAAAACUGUCUUUGUUGCGCAUAGCAACCAAUUACAGAGCAGCUUUCAUUCCUUAUAGUUCUCUUGGAAAAUUAAAGGGGUUGUCUCAUCUUUGUGGUAUAUCUGCCCUCCAUUUAUUUCCAUCUGAUUGCUGAAAAUAGGCAAGUGCAAGUACUCACUCACCUAUUUUUUGGAACUCCUAUAGAAAUGAAUAGAGAGCACAUUCACAGUGCACUAUCCUUUAAUUUCAGGGGGCCCAUUCUGAGGUUUGACCCCCACCUGACUUUGAUAGGGUAUCUCUAGGAUACACCAACAAAGUCUGAGAGGACACAACACCUUUAAAACUGUACUGUGACUGGUUGCUAUGGGCAACAAAGACCAUUUUUCUUUUAGACAUUUUUCAUGAAUCUGUCCCUAAGUAGAACAUACUGUAAAGUGAGCUGAUGUCAUACUUUAUGAAACAUUUGCACCAUUAAUAUAUCUUUUUAUACCCUCCAUGAAUGUGUUGCACAUAAAACUGCUGUAUAGACUGUGGUUCAUUGGAAGUUUAUUUUGUAAUAACUUAUUCUUUAGAAUAUUAUAAAGCACAAAUUUCUGAAUGAAAAAUAAAAAAAUAUGUAAAAAUG